UUUGUACUGCAUACGGGUUUCUAUAUCCGCUGUCAUGUGACUCGUACUCAGCCAUCUUGUGGAAAACGAAGAGAGAGAGAGAGAGAGCCCAGAGAGAGCCACACAACUCGCAUACAAACCUUGUGCUGUCAGAUCAAGCAGAGAACUUCAAGGAAGAAUGGCCGAAACCCAGACACUUAACUUUGGACCAGAAUGGCUCCGUGCCCUGUCUGGAGGUGGAAGCAGCAGCGGCGGCGGCGGAGGUGGAAGCGGCUGCGCGGUUGCCUCGCCACCUCUCUCACCUGCAUUGCCAAAGUAUAAACUUGCAGACUAUCGCUACGGGAGAGAAGAAAUGUUAGCACUUUAUGUAAAGGAUAACAAGAUCCCUAUAGACCUACAUGAUAAGGAGUUCCUGCCCAUAUUGCAAGAGGAUCCCUUGCCGCCUCUGGCACUUGUGUCUUUUACAGAGGAGGAACAGAGAAAUUUUUCCAUGUCUGUAAACAGUGCAGCUGUACUUCGGCUGACAGGGCGAGGAGGCGGGCCGAUAGCAGGGGCACCAAGAGGCCGAAGUACCUCAAGGGGUAGAGGCCGGGGAAGAGGAGAUGGAGGGUUUUACCAAAGAAGUUUUGACGAUGUGGAAGGUUUUGGUCGCGGAGGGAGGGAGAUGCAUCGCUCCCAAAGCUGGGAAGAAAGGGGAGAUAGAAGGUUUGAAAAGCCAGGUCGAAAAGACCCAGUCGAUGCUGCUCCAGGACAUUUUCAGAUGAAUCACGCCCGAAGCAACUAUGAGGACGGCGUGACAGGCCUACCGAGGAAGCAUGAGUUCACGCGCGCAGAGAGUGAAAACUGGCGUUCUUCCCGUGACGAUCAGAAUGGUGAGGAUGAUGAGGGGGGCUGGCGCCUGGCGGGGUCUCGACGGGACGGUGACCGGUGGUGCCCCCCGAGCCCAGAUGGUCCUCGGUCAGCAGGGUGGCACCCAGAUCAGCGUCGCCGAUUCCCGUUCGAUGCGAGAGAAGACGAGCGUGGCUACAGGAGGCCAAGGUCAGGCAGUGGCAGCCUGGAGGACGAGAGGGACAGCCUGCCAGAAUGGUGCCUGGAGGAUGCAGACGAGGAGGCGGGCACCUUCGACUCGUCAGGGGCCUUUCUCUCACUCAAGAAAGCUUCCAAGGAGCCAAUCCUGGAGGAGGCGGAGCUCGACUUCAAACCCUUGGAAGAGUGUGAAGAGGGCUUGGAGGAGGAGGACGGUCAGCCCAAGGAGACCAAAGAAACAGAAACUGAGGCCAAGAGAGAGGCUGAACGAAAAGAAGAGGCUCCACCUGUUGCUCCCCCAGUCUCAGAGCCCCCUGCCCAGUCUCUGUCCCAGAGUCAGCCCAGCAGAACAGAAGAGUCUGAGAGGCCAGCUGAACGGCAGCCGCCCCUGGAGCUCCCACCAGAGCCCUGCAAAGUCCCCCUGCACAUCCCCAUGUCUAACAGCAUGCUCGAGUCCCACAUGGCCCACAUUUCUACCACUCUCGCAGAAGUAUCAGCUCCAUCGCCCAGUGUCCAGCUACAGCAGCAGAAGCCAAUGGAAGUUCCUGUGGUGAUGAACAAUCCUUUGCCCUUCCCUUCAAGUUUAUUGGCGCCUAUCGGCAGGCCCACCAGUCUACCACACGACACAGAUGAAGACGAGGGACUGAAACACUUUGAGCAGGAGGCAGAAAAGAUGGUAGCAUAUCUACAGGAUGGUGUGGUGGAUGACGACAGACUUACAGCAAAGACUUCAGAGAAGCCCAAACCUUCGGGGCUGCCACUCACCCACGAGGCUGCUCUUAAGUGGUUUUACAAAGACCCCCAAGGGGAGAUACAGGGUCCAUUCAGUAACCAGGAGAUGGCAGAGUGGUUUCAGGCUGGUUACUUCACAAUGUCUCUGCUGGUCAAACGAGGAUGUGACGAAGUAUUUCAACCGCUUGGAGAGAUCAUGAAGAUAUGGGGCAGGGUACCGUUCACUCUAGGCUCUGCACCUCCACCUCUACAGGGUGAUGGUGAUCAGGAGAGGUUGAAGAGGCAGCAAGAGCUCACUGCUCUCAACCUUUACCAAUUACAGCAGCUCCAAUAUCAAUACCUCCUCAGGCAGCAGUAUGCUCAGGCACUGGCCCAGCAGAAAGCUGCAGCUCUUAGCUCCGCUCCUCUUCAACAGCAGCAGCAACACCAACAGCAGAUCAAUCUGCUUCUACAGCAAUACCAGGCUCUCAAGAUAAGAGCGUCUGAGAGCCUCCUACCUCCUGUUACUCGGUCCCUGUCUGUACCAGAUUCUGGUUCUGUGUGGGAAAUGCAGAACCCGUCCUCUCAGGCUUCCUGCACACCAAACCUCCAACAAGCUGCUCAAAGCACGUGGGAUGGCAGCAGCGUGUGGGAUUUACCUAUAGACUCCAUGGCACAGGCUCCAACCAUCGAGCAGAUGCAACAGUUAGAAAAGACAAAGUCUGCAAAGUUGGAGUUGGAGAGACGUGAGGCAGAAAUGAGAGCCAAACGGGAGGAAGAGGAGAGGAAACGGCUGGAAGAGGCCCUGAGGGCCCGACAGGAGGAGGAACGCAAACGUUUGGAAGAGGAGGAGCUGGCACGGCAAAAACAGGAGGAGGCAUUAAGACGACAGCGAGAGCAAGAAGAGGCUCAGCGCAGACAAAGAGAGGAAGAGGAGAGACUGGCACAAGAGGAAGCUCUCCGUAGAUUAGAGGAGAGGCGGAGGGAGGAGGAGGAGAGAAGGAAACGGGAAGAGUUCCUUCGCAAACAGCAGGAAGAGGAGCGCAGAAAGCAGGAGGAACUCGAAGCAUUGAGGAGGCGCGAGGAGGAGAAGCGAGCCGAGGAAGAGGCGGCAGCUGCUGCGGCGGCAGCUGCUCUGGCUCAACAACAAGAGGAGGAGCAGAAGAGGAGAGAACAGGAGGCCCAAAGACAGCAGGAGCGACAGAGGCAGCAGCAACAAGAGGCCCUCAGGAGACUUCAACAACAGCAGCAGCAGCAGCAGCAGCUCGCUCAGAUGAAGCUUCCAUCGUCUUCAAAGUGGGGCCAGCAGUCGUCCAACUCUAUAAACCAGACUCAGAACGCCCUGUCGCUGGCCGAAAUCCAGAAACUGGAAGAGGAGCGAGAACGACAGGCACGGGAGGAGCAUCGGCGUCAACAGCAAGAGCUCCUAAAGUUGCAGCAUCAGCAGGCCUUACAGCUGGCUCAGCAGCCUCAGGCCAAGCUGUCCGGUUGGGGUAGUGUGGCCAAACAGCCAGCUAUGACCAAAUCUUUGCUGGAGAUUCAAAGGGAAGAGGCUCAGCAGAUGAAACAGCGGAAGGAUCAGCAACCACCACCACAACAACAACACCCAAUGGUCACCCAACAGAUCCGCACUCAAACCAGAAACACGUCUCUGAGUAACUCGGUGUGGGGGUCUGUGAACGCCAGCUCCUGCUCUAAUUGGGGCUCAGACUCCAGCAGCAUCUGGGGUGACACCCACAACUCUAACAUGGGCUUCUGGGACGAGGCUGUGAAAGAGGCCGUGCAGCAGCAACCUCCCCAACCCCGGAAAGCUAGCACGCAGAAGAACAACAAAGGCAACGCCAACCUCAGUAACUCUUUGAGUGGGCGGGCCAAUAAAAAGGUAGAAGAGGAGGAAAAGCUGCUAAAGUUGUUCCAAGGGGUCAGUAAGAGCCAGCAGGACACCUUCAUGCAAUGGUGUGAGCAAACUCUGCACACCCUCAACACAGCCAACAAUCUAGAUGUUCCAACGUUUGCGUCCUUCCUGAAAGAAGUGGACUCUCCAUACGAGGUGCACGACUACGUCAGGGCCUAUCUGGGGGACACUCCCGAGGCCAAGGACUUUGCCAAGCAGUUCCUGGAACGUCGUGCCAAACAGAACGCUAACCAACAGAAACAGGCACCGCAGAACCAACAGCAAGCCGUCAAGCAGCAGCAGCAGCAGCAGCAGCAGCAGCAGCAGCAGCAGCAGCAAGACUCUGUAUGGGGUGGAACAGGAUCCUCGCCACUCUACCAGUCGAACCAUACGAGUGGCCAGCAGCAGCAGCGCUUCGAGACAGUCACCUCAGGGAAGAAGAAAAAGAAGCAGAAGAUGGUGCGCGCAGAUCCCAGCCUUCUAGGUUUUUCUGUGAACGCAUCAUCUGAGAGAUUGAAUAUGGGAGAGAUUGAGACUUUGGAGGACUUUUAAGGGACUGCAGCCAAGCAAACUCCACUGACUGUAUCCGAUUUGAACAGCAGCUGUUUCACCCGAACCCCUGCUGCGUCCCCUCCACUGCUUCCACAACUUUCACCUUUUUUUAUUUUUAUUUACAGUUUUCCAUUUAUCAGACAUACUCUGGUAAUCCCUCAUGAAUUCCUAAUUGUGAACGAACGGUGAUCUCUGAGGCAGGGUGUGUUUUCCUGUUGCUUACGGACCUAUAAUCUGAUGAAAACCCUCCAGAGGAGACGGACUGGAGCAAACUGGCCAGUGAAACGAGCGACCAGCCAAGAGAGCCAAUCACCAAACAAACUCAAGUUUCUGGAGAAAGCCUGCAGAGGCGUCGACGUAUAUUGGACCCAAAUCAUGUCCUGUUGUCGAAAUUCAACAACAAAUUUCAAAUUUGGCCUCCAUCGUAUGGGAUUUUUUUUUAAAGUGUGGAUAUAUGGGUGGGGUGGUUGGGGUAUUAUGGGAAAGGAUAGAGAUUAUAUCCAUUGUUUUUGUUUUAUUUAUUUAAAGUUUUCACCC